CUUGCCACUGAACGCCUGCAGUCAUGAGUCUAUUUGGUUCAUCAACCACUGGCGGUGGCCUAUUCGGAAACACGAACGCAAAUACGCAGCAGCAGGGAGGACAGAACACAACAGGAGGAGGAGGGUUAUUUGGAAACUUGGGAUCGUCGACAUCAACAUCGGGCGCUCCUUCGCUGUUCGGGAAUACCAACACCGCGCAACAACCUGCUCAGGGAACGACGAACCCCUUGUUCGGUGGCGCUUCUACCUCAGGGACUGGCGGGCAGACUCAGGGCACAGGGAAUACGGGAGGCAGUGGUUUGUUUGGUGGCAGCGGUCUUUUCGGGAACACGAAUGCCAACGCGGCGAACAACCAGCAGCAGCAGUCCGGCGGCGGCCUCUUUGGGAACACGUCUACGAACACGCAGCCCUCGGGCGGAGGGCUCUUCGGCAAUACUGCGAACCAAAACCAAUCGCAACCGACUACGGGUGGGGGGUUGUUCGGGAAUACGAAUACGAACACGAAUCAGCAGAUGCAAGGUGGUGGGCUCUUUGGGAACACGAAGCCUGGAGGAGGAUUAUUUGGGAAUACGGGUACGAGUACUGGUAACCAGCCCAGCGCGGGUGGAGGGGGGUUGUUCGGGAACACAGGUACGAGUACGCAGCAGAGCGGCGGGGGGCUGUUUGGGAACACGAGUACGAAUACCCAGCAGACCGGUGGCGGGCUCUUCGGGAACACCAACACCAACACGAAUGCUCAGCAAAGCGGGGGCGGGCUCUUUGGCAACACCAACGCGCACACCAACGCGCCCACGCAAGGGGCCCUUUUUGGCAGCACCUUGGGGCAAAGCACUGCAGGCGGCUCAAAUCUUUUUGGGAAUACUGGCUCGCUUUUCGGCCAGACGCAGCAAGCCCAACCUCAGAAUUCGCUAUUCGGCGGUUCUACUAUAGGCCAGUCUUUCCUGGCUGGCGGGGGACUGCUUGGCGGUAGCACGCUAGGGUCGUCGGUGCUUGGCGGCGGGAGCCUCUUGGGUACUGCCAGAGCGACUGUCGUACCGUCCCAGCCUGCAGACCCCCAAUCACAGUUCUUGGCUUUGACUCAGCGGAUAGAGGCAGUCAUGGCGGCGUGGAAUCCUAGUUCCCCGGAUUGCCGAUUCCAGCACUACUUCUACAACCUUGUCGAUCCGAACCAGAUACAUCUCUACGGGCGGCCUCCUAAUGCGACGAAUGAAGCAUUGUGGCAGAAGGCUGUGCACGAGAACCCCGAUCCCAGCUGCUUAGUGCCUGCCCUUGCUGUAGGUUUCGACGACCUUCAGAAGCGUGUUGAAGCCCAGACCCAGCAAGCUGCUGCUCACGCAGAAAAGAUCAAGGAACUGAGGUCAAGAAUAGAAAACCUUGCCCGGAAGCACGAGCUGUCCAACUCCUCACGCCUGCACCGCGCGGCUGCCCUUCAGGCGCAGAUAACACACCGGAUUCUCAAGCUUGUGCAGCAUCUACAUCUCCUGAUACCCGCGCUACGUUCGUCCUCUAUACGGCCUGAGGAAGAGGCGCUGCGAGCGGCGUUGGAAGAUAUCGACGCUGAGAUUCGGAGACCAGGGGGCAUCGGUCGGCUGAAGGGUAAACUGAACGAACUGUGGGCCCUGAUAGGUGCUGUCAACGCAGCGAGGGAAAGAGAUGGGAAGCUGCGGGCUGACGGGAACGUGGGCUGGGCUGUCGUUGAUGAAGAGGGUUUGGCUCAGAUUGCACAGAUUUUGAUGGAGCAGCAAGCUGGUUUGGAACAUCUCACGAAGAUUCUGCAGCGGGACCUCAAAGACCUCGCUGUGAUCCAGGGCGCUAGCGUGAAGACAGAGGAUGAAACGGAGGAGCAAACGGAUUUCUUGCUCAGUUCGGCGUCUACCUUACGCGCGAGUGCUCUGCGGUGAGAUGAUGUUCUAAGCUCCUGCACUUCACAUGCGGUCUUAUGUGCUAUCACGAGCAGCCACAGGCUGUCCAAUUACUGAACGAUAAUCUUCUAUUAUCCGUGCUUAUCGCGACUCUGUAUUCUUUAUGUAGAACGUAUUGAGUAGCAGGUGUGGCAGGG